GCAAGUAUGGAGCCAAUUGCACACCUUGUUAAAGUAUCUGUUCCUAAUUAUUUGGCUGGAUUACCUAUUCCAGAAUCUAUAGGAGGAUGGUUUCGAUUAGGAGUGCGAGACUGGAUAUCCUUAAUUCCACCCACCGCGAUGUUGGCUGGUCUUGGCUAUAUGUCUUACAAAGCAUUUUGUCCGUUAGCUAGAGGCCCGCCCUGUGGACGUAUUAAUCUUACCAUAAAAAAGGAUGUAAAUAAAGUAGUAGAUUCCGUUGACAUAGAAGAUAUAACUGAGAAAGCUGUAUUUUGUCGUUGUUGGAGAUCUAAGAAUUGGCCGUAUUGCGAUGGAGCUCAUGGACCUCAUAACAAAGAAAUGAAGGACAAUGUGGGCCCUCUUGUAGUCACAAAGAAAGCUUAAUGUAAGCCAAUGAAUGCAUGAAGGUCAUUGUAUGUACUUGCCAUUUACAAUGUCAUCGAUAAUUUCUACAAACAUUUCUGCAACCAACAUUGCAGACAUGUUAUAGAGGUCAGAGAUAUACAACAAACAUGCAUGUAGGUAAAAAGAGAAAUCUAAAAUGAGAGAACUAACUACAGGAAGCAAUAUAUGUAUUUGUUACUUGUGCCUAUUUUUUAAAAUGUGACUUAACAAAUUUAUAAAUAAAUAAACUAUUACGCAAAUUGCUUGGAUCGAUAACCGCGUAAAUUGUAAUAUGUAGGACAUGCGAAAUUUGUUUAACUUUUUAUAUACGUUGUUUUUACAAUCGAAAUAAGUAAUAAAAAAUGGGUUAUUUGUUCCAUCCUGAUUAGGUUUCUUAAACUCUCGAAUAAAAACCCACUCGCU